AUGGAGAAAUGGGAGGGAAAACUUGCAAUAGUCACAGGAACUUCCUCUGGCAUCGGCCGGGGUAUUGCAAUUAAAUUGGUGGAGGCUGGAGUGCGUGUCGUCGGUAUUGCCAGACGCGAAGAUCUCGGUCGAGAGCUUGAGCUGGCUUUGGAUGGGAAAAGGGGUAGAUUCUAUCAUCUAACCGCCGAUAUUACCAAGGAGGGCGAGGUGUUCAACGCGUUCAAAUGGAUCGAAGAUAACUUGGGAGUGGCUCACGUUUUGGUAAAUAACGCGGGUACGACGCGCGAAACUACACUUAUCGAUGGGAAGACGACGUGUUGGAAAGAUAUUUUGGACAUUAAUAUUUUGGGUUUAUCCAUGAUGACAAGAGAAGCUGUAAAAUCGAUGCGAGCGAACAAUAUACCUGGCGAAAUCAUACAUAUAGGAAGCUUGGGAGGUUGCAUAACAUCAUCCCCUGUGAAGGGAUUACGAAUGUAUUGUGCCAGCAAGCAUGCGGUACGAUCUUUGACGGAAGGGUUGCGACAAGAACUGCUCGAAGUCGGUAGCGAAAUUAAAAUAUCGUGCAUCAACCCUGGAAUAGUUGAACACACCGAACUUGUUCAGUACAAUGAAGCGUUAAAGGAGUUCAUACCCUUACUCGAACAGUCAUUGAAACCUGAAGACAUCGGAGAUAUGGUUUUGUUUGUGCUUUCGAGACCGCCUCAUGUUCAGACCAACCGGUGA